AAAAGACAGUAAUAAUUGAUGUCAUUUUUGACUUUUUGUGUCAAUUAUAACAUGGAAAGUCAAUAUCAAUUUUUUCGAUUAUGACUAAUUCAUUUUCGUUUGAUUUUGACCUUAUCUCAUAAUUUUGACUUUUAUGUCAUAAUUUUAUGUAAAAGACUUAGUAUGUAAUAUUUAUGACAUUUUAUGUCAUAUUUUUGAUGUUUUAUGUAAUAAUUAUGACAAAGAAAGUGAAAUUAGUUUUUUUCCUGAUUAUAACUUGAGUAGGUGAUACUAUCUCAUAAUUUCAACUUUUUAUCUCGUAAUUAUGACCAAAAAAAAGUCAUAAUUAUGACAUAGAAAGUCAUCAUUUAGAUUUUUCAAUUAUGACAGUGAUAAUUUCGACUAUCUCAUAAUUAUGACAAAAGUAGGCUAUGUAAAAAACAAUAAUAAUUAUGACAUUUUGUCAUUUUUUACUUUUUGUGUCAUAAUUAUAACAUGUUUGACUUCGACUGUUUGUCCUGAAGUUCUGUAUCCCGCAGGUGCUUCAUAAUUUCGACUUUUAUCUCAUACUUAUAAAAGAAAGUAUGUAAUAAUUGUCAUAGUUUCUACAUUUUGCACUGAUACACUUUUACUGUCUUUUAUUUUUUGUCAUAAUUAUGUCAUAAUUAAGAUUUUCCAAAGCAUGUUGUUGUUAUGUGGCUGAAAUGGUCUUCCACAGUAAAGAGCUCAGAUGAUGAAACAGAACAGAGACCGAAUUCUCCAUGACAACAAAUAUUUGGGUUUCAUUCAUCUUAACGGACAGAAUCUAAUACUGAGUAAUACUGAGGGUGUGUGUUCGUGUAGAAGUUUUAAGGUGUGUGUGUGUGUUUACCUGUCUCCAGUGGGCGGGGUGACGGGGCGAUUCAACUGCGUGGCCAUUUUCUUCUCGUCAGAGCCUCAGAAUCAGUGAUCGGACUCAAACUCACAGUCAGCUGCUGCUGAAACACUGAAAUCAUGAAAUCACGCUGAUGUAAAUCAAUGCGGAUGAAAUCACUCUCACUACAAUCAUGAAGAAAGGACCGCUCCAUUUCCUGGGUCGGAAGAAUCAAUCUCUAUACAGCACCAAUGUGGAAUUCAAGGACAUGGCUAACGUGGAGCUGGUGUUGGACUCGGCUGCCAUCCCGGAGUCUGGAACUGCCAAAGUGCGCUCACGUCCGACCGUCAAACACUUCACGUCGUCUGAGAGCGUGCACAGCUUUGCGGUACCAACUCCCAAGGUGCCGAUUCUUCCACCCAUCAACGAACCCAAGAUAAACGGUACAGGAAGUACCACAAACCUCCCGAAUGGAAGAAUGCUUUCCGUCCCCGACAUAUUCGAGGGAGAAAUACUUAUACCUCCUCCACCCAGCUCCGCCCCUCCACCCCCUCCGUCCUCUUCAGCCCCACCUCCUCCAUCAUUCAUCCCUCUCCCACCACAGUUCUUUGAUGAAACAGACCCUCCUGUAAACCAUGCAAGCCUGCAGCCCCCUCCAAUGGCACCCCCAAAACCUCCAUCAGUUACCAGAUCUGAGUACAGUUCAGAUUUGAACCUAGCCUCCCUCAAACCUCCUCCAAUGGCUCCUCCAAAACCUCCAUCUGAAACAUCCAGCUUCAAAGGUUCCCUCUCCAGCCUGGAGGUCCAAGAAAUCCCAGAAUGCCCUAAAUUCACCCCACCGCCACCCCCUGGGGUGAAAGCGCCACCCGUUCUUGCUAAAUCUUCGAAAGCGGCGCCUCAAAAACCCAUCCGCUUGUCCUCCAUGUCAAAUCUGGAGAUCCUGUCCCAAACGCCAGUGCCACCUGUUGCUUCUAACCCAACACCAUCUAGCUUCAACCCCCAGAACACAGCCAAACUCUACAACAUACAGAAGAGCACAUUACUUGGCGGACAGACGGACAAGGAAAAGGGAAGCCAGUCCAUUCUACUGCUGGAAGAUUCUGCUGGAAACACAGUUGGUGUUGUCAAUGGGAAUAGUGGGAAAAAUGGUGGAUCUCUCCAACCAGCCCAAUCAGGGGUGCCUCCAACCAAACCAGCCCGUCGGAACAGCUCCGCCACUCAGCUAAAGGAUGACCAGCCAGACAUGGCACAAGUGCCUAGUGAACCAGCCAAGGUCGAGGCUAAAAUCAAUCCUGAGCCUGUCACAGUACAAAACAUCCCCACUGAGAUACCAACUCCCAACAGAUUCUCACCCAAAAUAGAGAAGAAAAUACCUGAUGUUAGGCAGGUCAUGCAGGAGUCCCCUGGCAGGUCUCGCAGGUACAGCCCGGUCAUGAACCACCGACAGCUCAACACACGGGUAGUAGAUGGCGCAGUGAAGAAAGAGACAUCACCAUUCGCCCUGCUGAUGGCUGCAAAGGAAAGAGAAAAGCAGAGAACUGCUUUAUCCCAACAGAACAGCAACUCCACAGAGCCAGUCAAUUCUGUGAUCCAACCUAGUGUAGACAAACCAAACUCCUUUACUGUCACUCCUCGAGAGCCAACACCAGACAGUCCCAAUGCACAACUAAAGUCAACCACAAACGUUCAACCACUCACCAAAGCAGAGGUGUCCUACUCAAAGCCAGAGCUAAGUUCAACUCCUCAACAAAGCAGCCCAAUGAACAGCUCCAUUGGCGGUCUGAGUGUCCCUGUUAGAGAUGUGGAAAGCGGAGAAGGCUUGACCUUCAUUCCACCACCUCCUGAAUUUGCCAACUCCGACCCUGAGGAUGAACCUCCCAUUCCCCCACCAAGUCACCCCGCUCCUGCUCCCCCUGUGAAAACUGCCCCUCAACCUUCUAAAACCUUACCUGCAACACCUGCUUCAAUCAUUAACUGCUCCCCACCAAGCCACCCUGCUCCUGCCCCUCCACCUGCCAAACCCUUCGUACCUGCUACAAUAUCCAACUGCCCCCCACCAAGUCACCCCGCUCCUGCUGCCCCUGUAAAAACUGCUUCUCCUCCUAGAAAACACUUCUUACCUACUCAGAUCACCAACUACCCCCCGCCAAGUCACCCUGCUCCUGCUGCCCCUGUAAAAACUGCUUCUCCUCCUAGUAAACCCUUCUUACCUACUCAGAUCACCAACUACCCCCCGCCAAGUCACCCUGCUCCUGCUGCCCCUGUGAAAACUGCUCCUCCACCUGUUAAACACUUCGUACCUGCUCCAAUAUUCAACAGCGCCCCACCAAGUCACUCUGCUCUUGCUCCUCCACCUGCCAAACCCUCCCCACCUGCUACACCUCCUCCUGUAACCAAUGGCCCCCUCGUUUCUCCCAAACCUAAACCACCCACCUAUCCUCCUAAGGCCCCAGGCCCUCCACCAAACCUCCAGCAACAAUCCAAACCAGUUCAAACAAAACCCACCCAACCCCCUGCACAGGCACCUCUAUCUGUCUCUGCUAGCCAGGCAACACUUCUCAGUAUCUUGCAGAAGAAGAUGCUGGAGAUGGACCCCAAGUUCUCAGCUGUCAAGGAGGUGGAGUCCAACAGAGAUGACUGGAACUCUCCACUGUCUGAUGACGAGGCCACGUCGCCACCUGCCGCACCCAAUAUGAAAAUCCGAAGUGCAACCCUGCCAGCGCAAUCACAUGGACUGGACAUGAAGGAGCUGGAAAGCAAAGCAGCCAAAAAAGCUCAAGAUUUAGCCACUUCAGCUAAAUCCAAAAACAGUAACGGAUCAUCAGCUAAACAGCAGUUUGGAAUGACGUUCACCGUGAGACCAGGAACCAAACAGCCAAUAACACCCGUGAUCAAAGAUGGUUCGUCCUGAUCCGGAGAACAUUAUCAACUAGAAUUAUUCCAGAGACGUGCCUUACCUGUACACCUCCCUGGCAGAUUUUGCACCCCGUCUGAAGCUUUAUUACUGCUGCUGCCGAAGUAUUACUGUAACUUUCUACGGUGUUUCGACCGCAGCUCCAUCACGGACUUCCUAGAGCUGCUAAAAUCACUCAUAUGGAGCAACUGUGCCUGUAUAUGCGACGUGGACAACACAGACUCACAAUAUUUGACAUUUUAAUGACAUAAUUUUUAAUUUAAUCCAUUCAAAUCAUUUGAUGUCCUAAUCGUUGUUUUUAUCAUUGGACGUUUCUUUUCAUGCUAAAAAUUAGGAACACCAGUUCUUAAUUGUGACGUCUAAAUAACAUUUAGGAACGUCUUUAAUAAUCAUUAAUGUACAAAAUUUCCCUAUAGCUCUCGAUACGAGAGCUUCCUCCAGUGGUGCUGGAUUUUUUUCCAGGUCAAAACAUGAUGUAUUUUGUAAACUAUUUUCUGAAAGUAUAAACUAAGCCUUAAGAUGUAUAUGUAAAUGCUAUAGAUAAUGCGUGUGAAGCCUUGAACACUUUACUGAUGGCCUUUCUCAAUGAAGAAUACUGCUUUUUCUGAAUCUGAAGCCUGAAUCAAAGAAAAAAAAUGAAGCACACUUCGUUUUUGUAUGAAGAUACUGGACGAAAAUAAGCUGUAAAUAAGACAUUUUUUGGGAAAUCUCACACAUCUUUAAAAGGUCAAUAAUUGUGCUUUAUUAAUCAACGAAAUUAUGUGUAUGACUGUUUAUGUGAGAUUGUUAUUUUGGACAUUUAACAAUUUGUUACACCUAAAGGGAAAAAUAUAACCGCAAUAUUCUUUAAUAAAAACAUGCGAGAGCAAAAAUAGAUGAACGAAA